AUGUCGUAUGGAUAAAUGGUUCGCGUAGUAAGGAAUCCUUUUUAUUUAUCCGAUGAACAAGCAACAGCAACACCUUCAAGACACGACAAUAUAACAGAAACACAAGAGUUUAUUCAAAGAGCCUAUGGUUGUGAAAUGAUUCAAGAAUGUGGUAUCCUAUUGAAACUUUCUCAAGUAGUUAUGGCUACGGGUCAAGUAUUCUUUCAUCGAUUUUAUCAUCGUUGUUCACUUGCCAAGUAUAAUCACGUUUGGAUGGCUGCUGCUUCUUUAUUUUUGGCUUGUAAAGUGGAAGAACAGUUGAGAAGGUUACGAGAAGUAGUUAGCGUAGUAUAUUAUUGUUUUACCAAGAGAGAAACUGGAAUAGGGAAGUUGUUGGACAUUUAUGGUGCACAAGGAUAUGAGUGGAAGAUGGAAGUUGUGAAAGCAGAACGAUUCUUAUUAAAGGAAUUGGGUUUUCAUACGGGAGUAGAACAUCCGCACAAGUUUAUUUUGGUCUAUCUAAAUACUUUGAGAAGUCACUCUGGAAUAGAAGCACAAGACCCCCAGUGGAAGUCUUUUUUGCAACGAUCUUGGAACUAUGCCAAUGAUAUGCUACGUACUGAUUUAUGUUGUCGAGUACCACCAGAAUAUAUAGCCUGUGGUUGUAUUCAUUUGGCAGCUAAAGAUUGUGAGAUACCUUUGCCACAAGAAAGAGUACAAUGGUGGCAAGUAUUCGAAGUGAAUGCAGAAGGAAUUCAGCUAGUUGAAAAUACAGCAAAGAGAAUAUAUCAAAUGGAAAAACUUGCUGGACAGUAUGUUGACUGGACUAGAAGAGAAACUUUGAUGAGAAUAGAACAACAACGAGAUAGAAAGGAUGGGCAUCGUGACCAAGAUAAGAAAAGAAGAAACAAUGAAGAGAAUUUAACGCAGUCUUAUUAUCAUCAUUCCAGUAAACGGCGUUCUUCAAGCAAAAAAACAUAUGAUAGAUAAAAUGGAACAACUAACUUUAUCAUUCGAAUAAAAGUCUCCUAGAAAAAGGAAACCAUAUCACAAACUACCAAUAAGAGAUAUCUAAAAUGUGCCAAAAUAGUAUAAAAAGGAAUUCUCUAUACAAACCUACGCCAUCAAAAUAUCAUCUGUCAAACAUAUUUUUCACAUUCAUACAUUUCCCACCCUUGAAGUUCUUCCUUCC